AUGCCUUCUUCGAGCACACAAGCUGCCAGUUCAUCAUCUUAUUCUUGUCCAGAUUAUGCGGACGCCUUUGCUCAGCAUGAAACAGGGAUGGUAAAGACCUUGAGGCGGGUUAUUGAGGCAGCGGCCAGUUCUGCUGGAUAUGUUGCUCAAUAUAUCGGUGGAGUGUCAGGAUUAACAGCAAAUAUUGUUCAAACAAUACUGAAAAAGCUAGGCAGUCCAAUUCAGAAUGAGAAUGGCGGUGCUGCUGUUUUCAGCAAUCCAGAGUAUCAUGACUCUGUUUUACAGUGUUUAAAGGAAAUUGCAAGGGGCAAUCACUACAAUGAUGUUAAUUCUCUUGCACUGAAGAUUAGCAGACGAAGACGUCCAAUUACAAUUUGGGAAAGGGGUGAUCUUAUUGGAAGAGGCUCAUUCGCAUCAGUAUAUAGAGGAUCUAAUGCAGAUGGAUUAUUUUUUGCUGUGAAGGAAGUUUCACUUAGUGAUCAGAAACAUCUUUGCUAUCUCGAGAAUGAGAUUGCUAUAUUGAAACGCUUGGAUCAUGAAAACAUAAUUCAGUAUUAUGGAACAGACAAGGAUGAAGAAAAGCUUUGUAUUUUUUCUAGAGCUUGUCUGAAGUAUCUUCAUGGUUGCAAUGUGAUUCAUAGAGAUCUUAAAUGUGCAAACAUACUGGUGACCGAAUUUGGAAACAUAAAACUUGCUGAUUUUGGUCUUUCUAAAUUUAUGGAAGAUGGUCAGUCUUUGAAGCCUGGCUCGAGAAGUUCAUUAUGGAUGGCUCCGGAAGUUGCUAAUCCUAAAAGUGGCGGGUAUGAUUUUCGAGCUGAUACAUGGAGCCUUGGAUGCACUGUGGUGGAAAUGCUGACCCGAAAGUAUCCACAGUAUAAUGUCGAGAAUACCUUCAUGGCCUUAGAACGUGCAAUUAGAAAGGGCACAGGACCUAUUAUUCCUGAUUCUCUCUCACAAACUUCGAAGGACUUCAUCAAAAAAUGCCUGCAGCCAGAUCCAAGUAUGCGUCCAACUGCUGCCGAGCUUUUAGCUCAUCCUUUCGUGAAUGAAUCAUCUUGCACGCAACCUGAUCUUAGCGAAUUGCUUUAUGGUGAAAGAUGUACUAAUCAGGAUGCUCAUACUUUAAGCAAACUGGCUAUUAGCUCAGAUCAGCAGCAAAUCUGGAUUGAGAAUUGA